AUGGCACAAAGUUCACAAGGAGGAAGUCACAGGCGCAGUCGAGAUCAUGAAGCAAGCUCAAUGCGGUAUACCAAUACAGAUUGGGAGGCAAAAGAAGCCCUUUACCAACGAGAACUCGAUGAAGCUCGAGCUAGGGCCACACAGAUGGAGAAAACGAUGCGAUGGUGGUCAGACUGUACUGCCAACUGGAGAGAAAAGUGGAGUAAGGUACGUAAUGAACGUAAUAAAGCUAGGGAGGAAGCCAAGCAGUUUAAAAACAAGGUAGAUGUACUGUCAAAGGAGUUAGCCACAUUAAGAACGGAGAAAUGCGACCUUGAACAGCAGAUUAUGGAAUUAAAAAAGGAUAAUGAGAAAUUAUUAAGCAUUGGUGAGAGCAGGAUAGUGUCAGGGAAUAUAACUGCUGAGGAUGGGGUAGAGUUGAGAAGAAAAAAUAUUGGAUACAACGCUUCUAAUGAACCUUCAAUCCGACAGAGGGCCUCGUUAGAUUCACAUAAGUUAUCUAAUGUAGAUAAUGCAAGGGCUAACGAAAUAACAGAAUUGAGACUACAGUUAGAUGAAUCAUGCAAAAUUGUGCAAAGAGAAAAAGAUAGGGAAGCAUUCUUAUUAUCCCAAAUUGAAUCAUUAAAAACAUACAUUCAUAAUACAAAAUUGGAUACACACAACGAUAGAACAUUAGGGUCAGAUUCUAGUCAUAGUGAAGUAGAAAGAUUACAAAAUGAACUCCAAGAUGAAAUUGCAGCAAAACAAGUGUUAGAAGAGAAGAUAGCAGAAAACAAAAUGGAGAUUGAAAGACUUAAAUCCGAAAAUAAUAUACAGUGGAGCAAAAGAGAGCUGUUGGAGACCGAAAAUAUAGCGAUUUUGCGGGAAAACAAGAAAUUGUAUGGUCAAGUGUGCGAGUUAAGGGAGCAGAUACAUAAGUUGAAUAGAAUAUCUGAUGGGAGUGCUUAUGGGGUGUCUUUUAAUGAUCAUAACAAUAGGUUGGAAUCAAACGUGCUAUAUGUUAGGAAGACGAGUGUCAGCCCUAGGUCUCAUGAAUCUAGCAAUGGGUCCUCGGAAGCAAAUUUGGCACACUGUGACGUCAAAACUAAUACUUCAGGCGAAGACGACGAAUUAGCGAUAGUGGAAAGAAACGAAAAUAGU